GGUAAAGUUCGAAGCACGCUGGUUGCCAAACCGUGACAUCUGAAUUGGAAUUCAUCAAAUUCGUACUUUCCAGUAUCAAGUGACGAGGCACAAAGAUUAUUACAUGAAGAGUUAUUGCAGUUUCAAGGAGUUUCAUAAUAAGCAAAAAUCAUUUUCUUAAAACUUGAUCCAGAACCUAGGAUGUUGGCAACUAGCAGAAAUCUCUUUUGAACCAGGUUGGAUUUUCCAUUUGUUUUUCUUUUACUAUGGCCCGUUCUAUUUCAUUUCUUUGGGAACCUAUGUGGAGAUGGUAGGUAAGGAUUUUUACUGUUAAAGCUGCUAUCCACUCGUGAUUAGACUCUAUCAUGUUAAUAGUUUUCUUCCAUUCUUACUUGAUUCAAGAAACAUUAUUCACUAGAGAGAUUUCCUUCUUUUUUUGGUUGGUUUGCUAUGUUUUCAUGAAUAGAAUACUGCUGAGUGCUGACCUGUAGUGGAACUUGGUUUAUAAAAGAACCUGGAGGAGAAGUUCUUUGUAGAUUAGAGAUUGAAUUUUAGGGUAGAAGUACAAAUGGAAGUAGUGCUGUUAGAUGUUUACUGAAAGCAAAGAAAAGUAAUCUUCUGUAUUACUGAUUGAUUGAAAUGAGGGGAUUGAAGGACUGAAUUGAUCAAUAUUACUUUGUUUUCCCCCUUAAUAUCAUAAUAUAGAACUUUCCAAUUCAGUUUGGUGCAUAUAAACACUGAAGGUCUAUGUUAAGAUUUUGAUAUAACAACAUGUAAGUUAUAUUUAAGCUUGCAUUUAGAUCCAUUUUAGGAAUAUAUAUAUAUAUAUAUAUGGUAUUUCAUAAAUUAAAAAUGAUGAUACAAAAUUUUCCUGAUAAUUUUUUGAUCCAUCCAUGCAACAUUCCUAAGAGAUGUGGUAAUUAUUUUUGUAUAUUGUAUAAAUUAUUUGCAAAGAUGCGUCAGAAAUUUUCACUUGACUAUUUUACCCUUCAUUUUUAUUUAAAUUACAUCACUCCUUCAUUAUUGCACGGUUUGCACAUCGACAGCGAUGACAGGUAAAGCUGUAAAGCUUGUGUUUUAAUUGAGAACUAAUGUUUCCCUCCUCUAACAGCCGAUUUGAGACCCUUGCAACCUUCAAGUUCUCUCUCUACAAAUUUCAGCUCUUUCUCUGGUACUCCAGCCUCCAGGACCCCAGGUAUAUCCUCUUUUGAUUCAAGCUUCUCAUAAUCUCAUUUUUUUUGGCCCUUUUGUGAAUAAAAUAUCUGAGACUCUGAGUUGUUAACAUGUAAAUAUGAAGUUAGCUGUAAAUGGUGAUAUAAUAGAACUGAAAUGGGGUAUCCGAGUAUGCUUGUGAGGAGUUGGGUUGCAUACUUGCAUUAGUUGGAUUUUAAAGAUGUUUAUCAUUCAAUUAAACCACUCUAAAUUUUCAAUCUAUUUGGUUGAUCAAUUAUUAAAACAAGAUUCAAAUUUCAGUCAAUUUUAUCCUUCCAUAUUUUAUUUUUGAAUCUUAUUUCUGUUUUUUCAACUUCUUCAAAUAUGAGAUUUUGAAUCAAAUUUCGGCAUGCAAUAGUGUAUUAUAUAGGGCUAAUUUAAAGAGUUCAUUUUUGAAUUUGUAAUGCUUGGUAUUCUUAUUUUAUUAACACGUCAUAUGUUUUCUUAUUAAUUAUAGAAAUGUCCAUCAAUAUAGAAGAUGAGCCCGAUUGUGGGUCAGAUGCUGAUGUUAUGUCUGAUGAUGGACCAUAUAUUCCUAGAAUUCCAUCAACAGAACCUUCAAGUGUCAUAACACUUGAAACAAAUGCAACUACCAAAAGGAAAAGAAGGAGUAUAGUUUGGGAUGAGUUCACAAUCAUUGAUGGGAAGGGUUUUGAUGAUGGGAAGAACCGAGCUAAAUGCAAAAGAUGUAAGCAAGUUUAUAAGGCUGAUAGUAAUAUUAAUGGAACUGGAAGCCUUAGGAGACAUAUUCUACAUUUCCCAAAAAGGGAAAACAAAGGAAACACAAGAACCCAAAUUAUUUUGGGUAUAAAUGAAGGGAAAGUGAUGUUAAGAGACCAAAAAGUUGACCAAGAUUUUAUGCGGGACAAAAUUACUAAGCUUAUUGUGAGACACGAGUUACCUUUAGUUUUUGUUGAGUAUGAGGAGUUCAGAGAGUUAAUUACAUACCUUUUUCCGGGCUAUACCCAUAUUGCUCGAAACACACAAAUGUCGGAUAUUUUGAGGUUAUACAAUUUGGAGUCCAUUAGAAUCAGGAAUUUACUUAAUUCAUUUCCUGGGAGGAUUUCUUUGACAAUUGAUUUAUGGACAUCUAUCACUAAUGAUGGAUACAUUGCUUUGACUGCCCAUUACAUUGAUAAGGAUUGGGUGUUGCAUAAGAAGUUGUUAAAGUUUUGCAUCAUGCCACCUUCACACACUGGCAUCUAUAUUUGUGAAAUGGUUUCAAAAAUCUUGUCUGACUGGGGUAUUGAUCGAAAAUUGUUUUCAAUUACUUUAGAUAAUGCCACAACUAAUUUCUGUUUUGUUGACUUACUGAAGAAAAAUUUGAAUUUGAAAAAUGCACUUUUAUGUAGAGGAUUACACUUUCAUAAUAGGUGUUGUGCACAUAUUCUCAAUCUUAUUGUACAAGAUGGACUGAAACACAUAGAUGACUCUGUGGUGUUGGUGCGAUCUAGUAUAGCCUAUGUGAAAGGAUCACAUACAAGAAAAGUAAAAUUCUUGGAAAUUUGUAAGCAAUUGGGAUUACAAAGUAGUAAGGGCUUACGUGCUGAUGUCUCCACAAGGUGGAACUCAACCUAUCUCAUGCUUGAUUUUGCAUUAUUUUAUUGUAAAGCAUUUGAGAACCUUGGACUAGUGGAUGACAACUUUAAAACUUGUCCUAGUUCUGAACAAUGGUUGAAGAUUGAGAGAUUAACGAGUUUUUUGUAUCCCUUCUAUGCAAUUACUGUUUUGCUUUCUGGUUUCAAGUAUCCCACAGCAAAUUUAUAUUUUGAAAAUGUUUGGGAGAUUCACAAAAGUUUAUUAGAAGAGGUAUCACGUGGGCUCAGCUUUAUGAAGCCAAUGGCAGUGGAAAUGAAGAAAAAAUUUGACAAAUAUUGGAGUGAAUAUAGUCCAAUUUUGGCCAUUGCUUUGGUGUUUGAUCCUCGAUAUAAACUUAGUUUUGUGACUUGGGCAUUUUCUAAGCUUUGCAACCUGGACUUAAAUGCAUCUACAAUGUGCAACAAUGUGAGGAAUUCUUUAUAUCAAUUGUUUGAUGAGUACAAGAGUAUGCAACCAAGUGACUAUGAUGUUCCUACACUUACCCAUCGUCCUGGGAGAUCUAGAACAAGAUUUGAAUUUAUGGUAUCCAAGCUUGCUGAGAUGGAUAAUGGAAAUAAAUCUCAAUUGGAUAUAUUAUGA